AUGGCAAAGGGAAAUGUGACUGGAGUGACUGAGUUCAUUCUCCUUGGCUUCACAGAAAACCCUCAGCUACAAACCCUCCUCUUUGCAGUCAUUUUGGGCAUCUAUGUGGUAAGCCUGGUGGCAAAUGUUGGCAUCAUCACAUUAAUCAGCAGUGAGUCCCAGCUUCACAUCCCAAUGUACUUUUUCCUCUGUAACUUAUCUUUUGUGGAUAUAACCUACUCCUCUGUUAUUGCACCCAAGACACUAGUCAAUCUCUUAGCAGAGACUAAAUCCAUCUCAUUUUCUGGGUGCGUCACACAAUUUUUCUUCCACUCACUUUCAGUAAAUGCUGAAGGUUUACUUCUGGCUGUGAUGGCAUACGAUAGGUUCAUAGCUAUAUGCAAGCCACUGUUGUAUACACUCAUUAUGUCCAGGAAAGUCAGGUUUCAGCUGGUGGUUUCAUCAUAUUCCUGUGCCUGUGUCAAUGCCAUUGUGCACACAACUUCUUUGUUCAGUCUGUCUUUCUGUACUCCCAACAUCAUCGAUCAUUUCUUCUGUGACAUCCCCCCACUCCAGAAACUCUCUUGCUCUAACACACACGUUGGUGACAUGGUGCAUUUCAUCUUUGCUGCUGUAACUGCAUUAAGUACAAUUCUGAUCAUCCUUAUUUCCUACACUUAUAUUCUCUUUGCCAUCAUUCGGAUAUGUUCUGCUCAAGGCAGACACAAAGCUUUUUCUACAUGUGCCUCCCACCUGACAGCUGUUGCUAUAUUUUAUGGGACUCUGAUCUUUAUGUAUUUACGACCCACUUCUGGCAAUUCAGCAGAUCAAGAUAAAGUGGUGGCUGUAUUCUAUACCCUUGUGGUUCCCAUGCUGAACCCCUUGAUCUAUAGCCUGAGGAACAAGGAGGUGAAGGAGGCCCUGAGGAGGACAAUAAACCAAAAGAGGAUAUGCCAGUGA